GAUCCAGCGGUGGAUGCGCGGGAAGGAAGGUGAAUCCUUCUUUCGCGCGAAAGAUUGGGGCCCAUCUGGCCAUCCAAAAGGACAUCAAACGCCCCCUUUCGUGAAAAAGACCGCACCCGGACCACUCAAGGCAACAGCCCGUCGGUAGCGGGAAGGAAGACGAUGAGCGGCGUCGGCCAAGCAAAGGCGGUGAGGCUGUUCGACGCGCACUGCCACCUCCAGGACCCGAGGAUCGCCAACGUGGCCCCUCGCCUCAUACGCGCGGCACUCGACUCCGGCGUCCUCCGGUUCGCCGUCAAUGGCGUCUCCGAGAGGGACUGGCAUAUCGUCAAGCAGAUGUCGGACGAGUACCCUUGUAUAGUUCCGUGCUUUGGCCUCCAUCCAUGGUAUGUUGCUGAGAGAUCCCCAGACUGGCUGAGAUUGUUAAAGGAUCUCUUCGCCGCCACGCCUGCUGCUGCAGUUGGCGAGAUUGGCAUAGAUAAAGGAUCGCAUGCAAAGAACAUUGAGUUCACCGAACAGGUUGAAGUGUUCCGGCAACAACUUGAACUUGCAAAGGAGUUAAGGAAACCAGUUUCUGUCCAUUGUGUUCAAGCCUUUGGUGACCUUCUAGAAAUCCUGCAACGAACAGGACCUUUCCCUGCAGGAGUGGUUCUGCAUUCGUAUAUAGGAUCUGCUGAAAUGGUUUCGGGCCUUGCAAAGCUCGGUUCUUACUUUUCAUUUUCUGGGCACCUCACAUCCAUGAAUAUGAGAAAAGCAAAGAAAAUGCUUAAAUCGGUACCUAUGGACAGAAUUUUGAUUGAAACUGAUGCACCAGAUGGAUUAUCAAAGUGGAACACAGAUUCUCUUUUGUUGGUUCCAGAGGAUGACUCCACUUCCCAAGAACAACAAAACCAGUAUGGAGAUUCAUCUUCAGAGGCAACAACUCUGUCAAAGGAAGCAUUGAAUCAUCCAGCAAACAUUUCUAAUGUUCUGAAUUAUGUCGCCAUGUUGCUUGAGAUGCCUGAGGAGGAGCUUGCAGAGUUGAGCUACCAAAAUGCUACACGCGUAUUCUCUUAUCCUGGUUCAAAAGUUUGAAGAUCGAACUCUGUCCUUUAGUUUUCAAUAGAUGUGUGAACAUCAUGGAGACACCAAACUCUCUAGACUUUCUUUCAUAUAACUGUUCCAUAAGUAUUGUAAAUAUUACAAGAUUAUAUGAUAUAUUGAACCACUAGGGAUGCAUGUUUCUUUACAAAAGCAACCUUCCACCACCACCAGGCACCCUUACAGCAUUUCCUUGAAGCAGAUCUUAAUGUAUUUAUACUGUAACGAGAGCCAAGUAAGAGGUGGUAUAUUUUGCAUCCCUAUGUGUUUUGCUCCAGCAUUAUCUUCAACUAGUGAAAUGUUGUUCCUGA